CUCGCCCCCCCUUUGAACACCUCUGUCCUCUGGUGUACAUUCGACAUGCCCAAAAUCUAACAUUUCUUCACCAAAAUACCCUUCGAAGAUAGUGUCAUUUUCCAAAAAAACCUCUUCUCUUCAUUCGACCAAUUAGUGUUCCAGCACUUCUAAUCUUUGUAGUUUUUGUGCAAAUUCUUCCUCAUUUUUCACCGUCUCCAAGUUUUCUUCCUCUGCACAUUCUCUCUUCAGUUCGGCUGAAUUUGAGAACUGUGAAAAUAAUUUUCUGUGUCGAGGAAGAACCAAAAUGCCUGCACAGAAGAUAGAAACUGGGCAUAAUGAUGUGGUUCAUGAUGUUCAAAUGGAUUAUUAUGGCAAACGACUUGCCACUGCAUCUUCUGAUGCUACGAUUAAAAUAAUUGGUGUGAGCAAUUCGGCUUCACAACCCCUUGCUACAUUGACCGGCCACCAAGGCCCCGUUUGGCAGGUUUCGUGGGCACACCCGAAAUUUGGGUCGAUCCUUGCCUCAUGUUCUUAUGAUGGUAGGGUGAUUAUAUGGAAGGAGGGUAAUCAGAAUGAGUGGGCACUAGCUCAUGUGUUUCAUGAGCACAAAUCUUCGGUUAAUUCCAUCUCUUGGGCACCACAUGAACUAGGGCUUUGUUUAGCUUGUGGAUCAUCCGAUGGGAGUAUCUCGAUUCACACUGUUCGUGCUGAUGGUGGUUGGGAUACCAAUAGGAUUGAUCAGGCACAUCCGGUUGGGGUAACAUCAGUGUCAUGGGCUCCAGCAACUGCACCAGGAGCCCUUGUAGGAUCGGAUUUGCUAGAACCCGUUCAUAAACUGGCUUCGGGGGGUGCUGAUAACACUGUGAAAGUGUGGAAGCUUUCAAAUGGGACAUGGAAGAUGGAUUGCUUCCCAGCUCUUCAAAUGCACUCAGAUUGGGUCAGGGAUGUAGCUUGGGCUCCUAAUCUUGGGCUUCCAAAGUCAACAAUCGCCAGCGCUUCACAGGACGGAACUGUGGUUAUAUGGACUGUGGGCAAAAAGGGUGAACAAUGGGAGGGAAAAGUUUUGAAGGACUUCAAAACUCCAGUUUGGAGGGUUUCAUGGUCUUUGACAGGGAACUUGUUAGCCGUAGCUGAUGGGAACAAUGAUGUCACAUUGUGGAAAGAAGCAGUUAAUGGAGAGUGGCAGCAGGUUUCUACAACUGAGCAAUAGCUUUUUCUCUUGUACUCUUUCAUAUUCUCUUACUACAAUGUCAUCUUUCAUGGACUUGAAUGAACUUGGUUUUUGUAACGUGUUCGAUAUUGUAGAUUAUAUAUUUGUUGAGAUAGAGAAAGAGACUAGUUGAUUCCUUCUGCUGCCGAUUUAUACACAACCUGUAUCUUCUUAUUGCUCUUUUGUUUGAAGUUUUGAGUUGUAAUGUUGUACUGUUGUAGUUAUUGUAUUAAGUUGCAGACUUUAAUAAUUGUGGUUAGAGGUGGAGUUUACUGGUUCUGAAACAGCUGAUGUUAUAUAAACAGUCCCGAUACAAUCAAUUGUGGUAGUACUGUUCUCUUUGGUAUUUUAGCUGCCCGUGUUCACAGUUAUUUCCAGACUUGUUUGCUGAUAACUUUUUCUGUCAUCCCAAUUCUCGAGUUUGAUUCACAAAUUCAGUGGACAGUAAUUGAGAGAUCGAUUCGAGGUUGUUGAAGGAUUGUGUUAGACCUGACUGUGGCUCACUGCCAGCCUUUGUGGUUGAAAUAUUGGCAGAGAAAAUGUGGAUUUAACAUGUUCUGGUGAAAUUUACUGGCUCAAUAUUUGCCUUGCUGCUCUUCAAAGCUUGUUCUUCAUGAUGGUUUUUUGUCCUUGCGCUUUGCAUUUAAUCCUCUUUGCACAUCUUUCUUUUCCAUCUUCAAGGGCUUGAGGUUCUUCUUUUU